AUGAAGCUCUCACUGAAACUCCAAGAACAACCUCAAUCCCCAAACAACCACCAAAAACAACAACAAACCAACCCACUUCUCAUCCGUGCCAAAAUCCCUAUUUCGAUUUUUAACCUUCCUUUCCUUUCUUGUUUUUCCACCACCACUCACCACCCUUCUGAUCUCUCUCUUUCACUUGCCACCUGUUUCCCUUCUGGUCCCACACUUAAACUAGCCUACUCCACUACCCCCACCACCCCACCCAACCCCACCACCCCCACUACCCUUCCUUUAACCCUUACCCUCAAAUCUGGAAUUGGGGUUUUUGGUUCUACCAAGAACUCACCUUUAGUCAUUUCUGCUAACUUUAACUUUUCACCUGUUCAACCUUAUCAAAAUCCCACUUUUACCCUUCUUUUUAAACCCCAGUUGGGUUCUUUUUCGCUUCGAAAAAGCACUACUUCUGACCUGAAUUGUGGUUCUAGUGGUGUUGAUAAGCAGAAUGGUGAUGGGAAUUCAUUUGGGUUCGUUCCUUUAGAAAGGCCAAUGAGUUUUAAGGACUUUUCAAUGGAGGAUUAUGCUAAAGAUUCAGUCUUUAAAGGGAUUGCUGUAAUGGCGAAAACGGAGAUGCCUUUAACGAAAAGGGUUAUGAUGGAUUGUCGUUGGGGUGUGAAUUUUCCUAAGGAUUUGGGGAACAGGAUGCCUUUUUUGAGUGUGAAUAAGAUUGGGAUUAAGAGAGUUGAUGAAGUUAAGGAGGUGAAGGAGAAGAAAGAUGAUAGUUUUGGCGAUACCGAGUUGUUGAAAGGUAUGUGUUUUUGGAUGAAAAAGGAGUUGGAAAUGCUGCAAAGAGAGAAUAGAGAGAUGAAACAUAGGUUGGAAGAAAUGCAUAUGGGGAAUGUUGUUAGGAAGAAUGUUAAUGAGGGGGAGUUUUUAGGUGGGCAAGUAGUUGAGAAUUCGGGUGGAUUUGAGCAGUGGAGGAAUAAGAAGAAUAGUGGGGGAGAGACUGUGAAGAAAGAGGUGAAGAAGAACACUGCUUCCAAUGGGAAUCGAGCUAGUGAUGUUGAGAGUGAGUUGCAGAAAGCUAUUAAGGCUGCUUCUUCGACAUGA